AUGGAUGAACAACCAGACAAUGUCGAAGGGCAAGCCGUCGAACCUCCCGAGGAGCCUGUGGAUACGACGUCUUCGACUUCCGAAAGUUCGGAGGCUGAUGAUGUAGAUGCCGCCGAGCGUGCAUAUGCUUCAUACGGGCAGACGUGGGACCUAGCCCAUCUUGAGACAGCCAUAGCUCAAUUCCAACGAGCGGUGGACACUGCACCCGUACCAACAGCGUAUCCGCUAGGCGAGCUGGGACAUUGUCUACAUCUAUAUUACGAAGCUCGGGGAAAUGUUCACGAUCUCCAACGUGCCAUUGCGGCGGAGCAAAGUGCCCUCCAACUCGUACCAGACGGACACCCGGGCAGGGCUUUGCGUCUGAACAAUCUCAGUACCUCAUUUCGAAAACGCUUCGAAUCCCUCGGUACAGUCGAAGACCUCGAAAGUGCCAUUGAAAUGCAACAGCAUGCAGUCGAGCUCACCCCGGAUGACCAUCCCGACUUGUCAGCAUACCUCGACAACCUCGGAGGCUUGCUUUGGCUUCAUUUUCAACACUUCGGAAAGCUCGAAGAUCUUGAGAGCGCCAUUGCGAGUCACCAGCGUGCAACCGGGCUGACUCCCGACGACCAUCUCCGUAAAGCGACCCGGCUGCACAACCUCGCUGCGUCCUUGCGCAGGCGCUUUGAACGUCUCGACGACCCCGCCGACCUCGAGCGCGCCAUCACAAUCCAACGCUGCGCGGUCAAACUCACUCCAGAUGACCACCCCAACUUGCCAGUGCACCUUGACACCCUCGGCAGCUUGCACCACCUUCGUUUUCUACGCUUCGGAAAGCUCGAAGAUCUCGAGAGCGCGAUUGCGAGUCACCAGCGUGCAACCGAGCUGACUCCCGACGACCAUCCCGAUAAAGCAAGCCGGCUGCACAACCUCGCUCUGUCCUUACGCAGUCGCUUUCAGCGUCUCGAUGACCCCGCCGACCUCGAGCGCGCCAUCACGAUCCAACACCGCGCGAUCGAACUCACUCCGGAUGCCCAUCCCGACUUGCCAAAGCAUCUCGACAAUCUCGGCGGCUUGCAGGAGAUUCGUUUUCAACGCUUCGGAAAGCUAGAAAAUCUCGAGAGCGCGAUUGCGAGUCAACAGCGCGCGACCGAGCUGACCCCUGACAACCAUCUCGAUAAAGCGACCCGGCUCCACCACCUCGCUCUGUCCUUGCGCAGUCGGUUCGGGCGUCUCGACGACCCCGCCGACCUCGAGCGCGCCAUCACGAUUCAACGCCACGCAGUCGACCUCACUCCAGAUGGCCAUCCGGGCUUGCCGAGGCGCCUCGAUAACUUCGGCAGCUUGCAGUGGGCUUCGUUUCGACACUUCGGAAAGCUCGAAGAUCUCGAGGGCGCCAUUGUGGAUCAGAGACGAGCUGUCAAUCUGACCGUGGACAAUCUACCCGACAAGGCCAUGCGGCUGCAUAACUUGGCAUUCAUUCUGAUGAUUGGCUUUCGCCGCGAAAGGACGAUAGAACGUUUCAACGAGGCGCUUUCAUAUUACAUAGCUGCCUUCUCUCAGACACUGGCAUCACCAGCAGGCCGCCUUCGGAUAGCCACCCAGACGAUAAAGUUCCUCAACGAAACCCCGGAGUUCAGUACAGCUGAGAUGCUGCUAUCCGCCCACUCUCAUGUCCUCGACGUUCUCUCCGAGGUCGUCUGGCUUGGACAUACCAUGGAACGGCGCCUAGAAGAAUCUCAGAAGCUCGGCCAGCUCGUCAGUUCUGCUGUGGGCACUGCCAUUGGCGUCGAUGCUCUGGAACAAGCCGUGGAAUGGCUCGAUGCAGGAAGAGGCCUCAUUUGGACGCAGACAAUGUCAUUGCGCAGCCCUCUUCACGAACUCGAGCAACUCCGUCCAGAUCUCGCGCACGCUCUCGAAGACGUGCAUGUUCAACUGCAGAGCUCGAUCUGUGCUUCAGAUGAUGAUGAUGCCGUGCUGGACCUUCACGAUGGUUCAUUGACUGGUAUUGGGCGUACUCGCGCGGAUCGUCAACGCGGCCUGGCGAUCAAGCAUGGGAAACUCCUCUCAGAUAUCCGCGAAGUCGAAGGUUUCGAUAGCUUUAUGCUUCCUAAGAAGCUUCCCGCGUUGCUUCCCUCAUCCACACGUUUCAGUGGAAUUAUCAUCUUUAUCAAUAUAGACCAUGUGCGGUGCGACGCGUUGGCUCUAUCCGCAGAUGGUGCAGUCAAGGUUGUGCCAUUACCGAAGCUCUCCCUGGAGAAAGCGACAGACCUGCGGGUUCAAUGGCUGUCGUACCUCGACCUGAGCAACGCUCGUGAGCGCGGUACCCUUCGGGACCAGUCGACCCUUGAACAUGAUGGCACCGGGAGAACAGCAUCUGCACGUCGUAUUCUAGGCCGCAUUUGGAGAUGGAUUGUCCUGCCAGUACUGCAGGGUCUUGGCCUAUACGAGCACAAAGAGCCGCUCCCCCAUGUUACCUGGUGUCCCACUGGGCCGCUAGCGCAGCUGCCUUUACAUGCAGCGGGUGUUUACGAAGACUCUGGACACCGCGUUUACGACUUCGUGGUCUCUUCGUACACCCCGUCACUCUCCGCGCUCACGCGCAGCGUCAAUGCGGUCGCAGAUCAUCCUCCCACCCCGAACGCGCUCGUUGUGACGCAGUCAGAUGUCCCCGAUCAUACAUCCCUGCCAGGGACCCUGGUCGAAGGGGAACGUAUACAAGAGGUGUUGAUGGAGUUCAACCUCGAGUCCUCCGUCUUAACUGGGAACACUGUGUCAAAAGCCGCCGUACGCUCCGCCUUGAACAAGCACAGCUGGCUGCACCUCGCUUGCCAUGGCACUCAAAACAGAGAAGACCCCUUGCAGAGUGCCUUUGCGCUUCACGGCGGCUCGCUUUCGCUAAGCGACCUCAUGAAUACCAGAGCAGACAACGCAGAGCUUGCAUUCCUGUCCGCGUGUCAGACCGCCGCCGGCGACGAGAAGGUCCCAGAGGAGUCGAUGCACCUCGCAGCGGGCAUGCUUGCCGUGGGGUACAAAGGCGUCAUCGCCACGAUGUGGUCCAUUGAUGACAACAGCGCGCCACUUGUUGUCGAGGCGUACUACAGGAAACUUCUCCAGCUCCGCGCAUCGGGGACGCUUGGAAAGGGGGAGACGGGCGCGGCAUAUGCUCUGCACGAGGCCACGAGGAGAUUGAGGGAAGAGGUCGGGGAUAAGAAGUUUGCCCACUGGGCGCCAUUCGUGCAUUUUGGGAUAUAG